AAACACCAAACGCACAAAAAAUUCCACACUUCCCAUCGCAGACUUUUGUCGCAUCACCAAAUUUCCCUCCUUUCAAUACGCAAAACCAAAACCUCCCCUUCUUCAUCAAACUCCCAUUCCCAAUCCCAUUUGAUCCUCCAAAUUCCCUGUUCUGCUGCUGCAUUUUUCGAAUUCUCUCUUCAAAUUUUCGCCCACCGCCAUUUUCACACUGUUGGGGACACUUGCAACCUCCCUUCACUCCCAAGAUUUCUUUCUUCCUAUGUUUUUUCGUCACCUCUCAUUUUUACUUGCGUUUCAAGCUGCCCCACCUCAGAUCCAUAAUUAGGUACUAAGACAACCCAACUUUUUACUAGGGUUGCUGAUUUCUUUAAUUCUAUUGUGGAUGUUGAUUUGUGCGCUGGUGGAAUCGAUGUGAGAGCUGAAACAUUACUGACAUUCCCUCUGUGUUGAACUUUUGGCGUCGUGCUGAAGUAUCUCCAAAUGUUGUUAUUACCAGAGGAUGCUUAAAUCAGGACUGAAAUAAUGUCGAGGAUUUCGAAGUGGAAGCUUGAGAAGACUAAAGUUAAAGUCGUCUUUCGGCUUCAAUUUCAUGCUACUCACAUUCCACAGACAGGAUGGGAUAAGCUGUUUAUAUCAUUUAUACCUGCUGAUUCUGGAAAGGCAACAGCAAAAACUACCAAAGCAAAUGUGAGGAAUGGAACUUGCAAAUGGGGUGAUCCUAUAUAUGAAACUACAAGACUUCUUCAGGAUUCAAAAAGCAAGCAAUAUGAUGAGAAGCUUUACAAAUUUGUUGUCUCAAUGGGUUCUUCACGUGCGAGCACACUCGGUGAGGCUACCAUCAACCUUGCUGACUAUGUUGAUGCUCUAAAGCCUUCUAUUGUAGCACUUCCUCUUCAGGGAUGCAACUUUGGUACUAUAUUACAUAUUACCGUCCAGCUCCUGACCUCAAAAACUGGAUUUAGAGAGUUUGAGCAGCAAAGAGAGCUCAGGGAAAGGGGGCUACAAUCGGGGGUUGAAAGCCCCACUGAUAAAGCCUCAUAUCCAGAAGAUGCUGCCACUGAUCAUGCUCAAAAGAUCGGUGAAAGAAUGAAAUUGAAGCAAGAUCCUAGUGAGCUCUCUUCGUUUGAUGAAGAGGCAAACUUGAACGAAGAAUCUGCAGACUCUGCUACUGGAUUUGAUGGCUCAUCCCAUACCUCCGAAAGUUUAUAUGCUGAGAAGCAUGAGGCCUCUGGUGGACAUGGGAUUGAAAACCUCAAAAGUCCAAUACCCGAUGAUGCGGUUUAUCAAUGUCAGAGUCCACAUACUGUCAAAGGAAUUCCAUCUAAUCAGAAAGUGGCACAAGAGAGUCCUGGUUCUGCUCAAGGAUGGGGGUCUGUCACUUCUAUGGAUAACGAGUUUGUUAUGGUUUUCCAGGAGAAUACUAGGCUUAGAGGAAGCCUGGAAUCGGCUGAAUCGUCUCUGCUCAAUCUUAAGGUGGAAGUCACCUCUUUGCAAAGCAUAGCUGACCAGUUAGGAUCCGAGACAGAAACGUUUUCCCAUCUGAUUGCUUCUGAGAUAUCUUCAUCUAAAAUGUUGGAAAAAGAGGUCUCUAUCAUGAGAUCGGAGUGUCAGAUGCUCAGGGAUGACAUAAUCAGCCUCAAAGACUUGAAAGUUAACACCCAAAUUCCAGUCGCCAGAGCAAGUGGUAAUCCGGCUGAUGACUUGGUUCAGAACACGCAGCUUCAAUUUUUAAAUGCGAUUGCUGUAGUGGAAAGCAAAGUAAGAGAAAUUCAGAACAAGGUGUAUGUUGUUCCACACGAUGGCGACACUAAGUUCAUUUACUUAGAGUUGGAAGCUUUACUUAAUUUUCUGCUCACUAUUAAAUUUGGAAGUACUGACCCAAACAUGAAUAUAGUACCAUCAGAACAUGUAGAUGUGAAGACAAUUACAGCACGGAGCAUGUGUAAGGAUGAACAGUUUGUAUCAGGAAAUGAGCUGGGUUCGGAUCUGUGCCCGCCUGAGAGUAUUCUCCAGCAUUUUAGUCUGAAUCCUUCUGUGUCUGAGGUUAGCCCUUUAGGUGCCAUUGACGCAAUGAAAGGAAAAAUUUUUGACCUUGUAAGAGAGUUGGAUGAGGCGAAAGUCGAAAAGGAAGCUUUUACCCAAAAAAUGCAUCAAAUGGAAUGUUACUAUGAAGCCCUUGUUCAGGAGUUGGAGGAAAAUCAGAAGCGCUUGCUUGGGGAGCUACAUCAUCUCAGGAACGAGCAUUCUGCUUGCAUGUACACACUGUCCUCCAGCAGAGCUGAAAUGGAAUCGCUACAUGAAGAUAUGAACCAGCAGAUGUUACAGUUUGCUGAAGAGAGAUGUAAUUUGGAAGCUCUUAACAAGGAGCUUGAGAGGCGAACGACAACUGCAGAAGCUGCCUUGAGAAGGGCCCGCUUAAAUUACUCAAUUGCGGUGGAUAAACUACAGAAGGACCUUGAGCUACUUUCUUCGCAGGUUAUCUCCAUGUUUGAAACUAAUGAAAACCUCAUUAAGCAGGCUUUACCAUUGACGCCACAAAUUCCAGGAGAUCCAAAGUUAUUGCAGAAUCUGGAAGAUGAUGUUUGGAAAUCCUCUCAGUUUCAGAACGUUAAGAUGGGUAUGCAAAAAAGAUCUGCUGGUGGGGAUGUGCUCUUAGAAGACUUGAAAAAAUCGUUUUCCGUGCAGGAAGAACUUUACCAAAAGGUUGAACAAGAACUGAUCGAAAUGUAUUCUCUAAAUUUGAAUUUGGAUGUGUACUCAAGAUCGUUGCAAGAAUCUUUACAUGAGGCAGAUAUGAGCAUUAGGAUCAUGAAGGAAAGGCUCAAUGAACUUGAAGAGGAGUUAAGGCUUUCGACCACAUCUCAAAGUCAGUUGAUGAUGAAGUUGCAGAAAGCUACGGAUGAUAUUCAUGCGCUUAAUGAGUUCAAGUUGAGUAGCAUUUCGCAAUGUAGCGAUAUGGCUUUACAGAAUCAACUUGUAGAAGAUAAAUUAGUAAGUGUAACUGAGGAGAAUUAUCUUCUUGAUCAGAAGCUGAAAGACUGCGAAAGCUCCCUGAUGGAAUGCAAAAGUUACCGAACCAAAUAUGAAGCUUGUUUGGGUGAGAAUGCAGAGAUAUCAGUGCAAUUAAAACAUGUAGCCUCUGAAAACGAGCGACUUACGAAUGAAUUGUCACUUCUGAAGGAUGAAUUGACUUCUUUUAAGGCAAGUCGUGAAGAGGAUACAAGUUUUUUGCGGGACAGGUUAUCUAAUCUGUUGCAAGCUUACAAUCAACACCAUUGUUGUGAUGCUGUUUCGCGGAGUCUAAAUUUCGAGAGCAUGGAUAUGAAGACUGCAUUGCUGCAGUUAGAAGAACUCCAACAUCUUGCAUCUGAGAAAAUUAGUCAAUUGACAGAGGAGAAUCAAAAUCUACAAAGUGAGAGAGACAUUGCCGAUGUGUCCUUGAAUACUGCCCGGUCCGAAAUUCUUCUGAUGAGGCAGAAGUUCAAAAAUGACAUACAAGACAUGGUGGCUAAACUGGACACGUCCAAUGCUCUUGUGGACAAACUUCAAGUAGAACUUGAAUCAGUUGCAAGCAAAAUCCACAUUAGUUCUGAAAUUGAGGAGAAUUUCACACAGCAGAGCAAAGUACUAUUUGCUGAUCUUGCCCUUUUGGAAAACCAAAUGCAAGAGCUGACAUCUAAAAAUGGUCACUUUGCUCGAGAUAUUUUGGGAUUGGAUGCUGUUGCAGAUGAACUUGGGAGGAGUAAAUUAGCCAUUUCUGAGCUUAUCCACAAUAAGCAUGAACUUACAACUUGCUUGCAGGAUAAAACUGAAGUGUGCAGCAAGCUUUCAGGUGAAAUUGAUAAGCUGAAAGAAGAUCUGAAAGUUUUGCAUGAUAAUUUGCAGGAGGAGAAGAAUAAAAGUGAGGAUCUGGAGGCAAGAGUUAAAGAUCUUUCUUCUCACUUGAACAGGGAUCAGAAUGAAAUGCUUGUCCUUGAACAACAGAAAGCUGAACUUGCUCUGUGCUUGCAGGGUAAAUCUGAUGAAUCUACGAAGCUUUUGCAUGAAAUUAAUGUUCUGAAAGAUGACUUGAAAAGAUUGUGUGAUGAAUCGCUCGAAGAAAAGGCUAGCAUGGAGGCACAAGUUAAAGUUCUUAAUUCUCGCUUGGACUUGGGCCAGGAGAAACUACAUAUGUUUGAGCAGGAGAAAGCUGAACUUCUUGUGUUGUUGAGGAAUAAGACUGAAGAAUCCACCAAACUUUCAGAUGAAAUUGAUAUUCUGAAAGAGAAAUUGGAAAAUUUGCACAAGGAGUUGCACAAGGAAAAGGCUCACAAAGAUGAGCUGGAGGCAAAAGUUACAGAUCUCACUUCUUGUUUGAGCAGGGAUCAGAAGAAAUUGGACGAGCUUGAACAACAGAAUGUGAAGCUCGUGCAUUUUAGGGAACUGGCAUCAGAUCUUGAAUUAGAGAAAUCAAGACUUACCCAUCUUUUGUUUGAGCAAAAUGUGUUUAUAGAGAAGGUUAAGACGAAUGGUGCUAAUCAAGCUAGUCUUGAAAGUCAGUUAUUGGAGAUGUCUGAGUAUUCUCUUGUGGUGGAUGUUAAGCUUGUUUAUCUGACAAAUCAGUAUGCGACCCUACUUGGGGAGCUUAUCCCAAAAUUUUCGUCCUCUGAAGAACAUCUCGGGGAGCUUAAAAAAAAGUGUAAUGAUAAAGAGGAUGUGUUUGAACAUUGUUUAGCCCGGGAGGCUAGCUGGAGUGAAGAAAAAACUAACUUUUUGAUUAGCCUGAACAGUUUAAAAUCCGAUUUGGAAGCCUGUGAAGAUCAAAACAAGCUCCUUUCGGAUUCAAAUACAAAGAUUCGGGACCAGCUUGAGGAGUGUAACUGGAAACUGAAAAUGGUGGGGACUAGCUUUUCCUUGACUAAUAUUCUGCAAGCUUGUGAAGUUGAAUGGAUGAAAGCCAUAAUGAUGGAAGUUGAGGAAGACAUUGAUUACUUGGCAGUCUCGAAAGAGGAAUUGGAAAUUUUGGUUACAGCGUUUAAAGGGAAACUUGAUGAAGUGUGUGCUGAUGUAAGUUUGGCGGAAGCAUACAAAGAUGAGCUGACUUUGCUUCGUGCUCAGUGUGCUGAUCUUUCACAUAAACUCUCUGAACAGAUUUUGAAGACAGAGGAAUUUAGGAAUUUAUCUUCUCAUUUAAAAGAGCUCAAAGACAAGGCCGAAGCUGAAUGCCUUUCAGCUCGGGAAAAAAGAGAAACAGAAGUAACGCCUGUCGCCGCUAAUGAUUCGCUGAGGAUUGCAUUCAUCAAAGAACAGUAUGAAACUAAGGUCCAAGAGCUUAAGCAGCUUCUUUCUGUCUCGAAGAAGCACGGGGAAGAGAUGCUUAUGAAGCUGCAAGAUGCUAUCAAUGAAGUUGAGAAUAGGAAGAAGACUGAAGCUAUGAACUUGAAACGGAAUGAGGAGUUAUCAGUCAGACUCGCGGCAUUGGAAUCAGAAUUGCAAUCGGCACUUACAGAAAAACGCGAAAAGAGCAAUGCUUAUGACAGGGUACAAGCAGAGUUGGAAUGUGCGCUACUAAGCCUUGAAUGCUGCAAGGAAGAAAAAGAAAAGGUGUCAUCGUUUUUGCAAUAUUUUGAGGCAGAAAAAACUCAACUUGCUAUCGAACUUGCAUCAGCGAAGGAGCAGCUGGAAAAGCUAAAGUCUUCUGAAAAGGAUGAUUGUUUUUAUGGAGAGGACGGAAAGCAUGAGAGUAAUGGAUCAGCUAGAAGCUCACUUCCUGUUUUCUUGAAUAGGGAUGGGUUGAUUGGUGGCGUUAAUAGAGAAAGAGUUGCAUCAACGCUGGAUGGUGAAACUGCAGAUUCGACUGAGCCUGUGCAGUUGCAAAAUGUUCAGGAUGCUACACCUCCUCUGGGACUGCAUCACAUUCCGGACGGUGCUUUAAUGGAAGAACUCCCUGAGAGCAACGGGAGGAGUUUAAAUGUUAACAAGGAACUUUUUGGUGUCCAAAGUUUAAAAUUGAGCCUGGAGCAUUUACAUGAGGAGCUGGAAAAGAUGAAAAGCGAAAAUGUAGUAACCGAAAAUCGCGCUAAUGUGGACCUGGAUUUUCAAGCUCAUCAAAAAGAAAUGUUGCAAUUGCAUAAGGCAAAUGAAGAGCUCAGGAGCAUGUUUCCUUUGUUCAAUGAAAUUUCGGGUGGUGGGAAUGCUUUAGAAAGGGUUCUUGCAUUGGAAAUUGAACUAGCGGAGGCUUUGAAGGCGAAGAGUAAAUUGAGCACCCAAUUCCACAGCUCGUUCUUGAAACAGCAUCCAGACGAGGAAGCAGUUUUCAAGAGCUUUCGAGACAUCAACGAGUUGAUAAACGAAAUGUUGGAACUGAAGGGUAGGCACGCGGCAAUGGAGACCGAAUUGCGGGAAAUGCAUGACCGCUACUCUCAAUUGAGCCUGCAGUUUGCCGAGGUCGAAGGCGAGAAACAGAAGCUUAAGAUGACGCUUAAGAAUGUCCGGUCGAGGAAACUUUCUGCCCUGAAUCGAACAUCGUCUGCAAAUGCUGCAGAUCAAACUUCCCAGUAGCCGAUGAUUGCGAUUGACGGCCUCGACGGGAAACGGUAUUUUAUGACUUCUUCUCCUUAGUGUAAAUAGUUUUAUUGCAAUGGACAAAGGUAAGGUUUUUUUACAGGGAAAGGAACGAUCGAUCAAUCCCUUUAAAAAAAAAAGGUUCUAGCUUUGUGGUGUUGUAAUUAAAUUAAAUUAAAUUAAAUUAAUUAAACUAUGUAUAGAGAAACACCAUUUAAUCCAUACAACUUUUGAUGUUGUUAUAACUUCAGUUUGGAUCUUUUCUUGGGUUUUUAGGUUCUUGUACGGAUUCUUUAUUUAAUCAGACUAAAUAUUUUGGUUCAA